CAUCGCUCAAGAAGAAUUAAGGGGUGCUCUUUUCUGUACAGCCGGUUUCCGCUGCGCGCAAUCACAGCUCCAGGACCAGCGGUGGAGUCGGUGCGCUCUGGCAGAAAGCAUCCAGCCUCCUCCUCUCUGGGCUCAGACAGCACUCACUGCUGCUCCUCAUGUCUCCAAGCCUCAGCUAUCAGCCGUCAUUAGCGGAAUGAAGCCGCUAUAAUCCUGCCUGACCUCUUCUUUUUAUUGUUUCACUCUUUCCUUACUUCACACCGAGGGCAGAAAGAAGGAAACCCACACGAGAGGCGCUCUCCAUCUGUAAGUUUUCGUGUGUGUGUCGCACUGGAGGGGAGGAAGAGAUGGCAGCCCCGGUGAAAGCAGCGUUGGGUCUCCUGGUUCUCACCGCGGCAACUGCCUUGUGUGCGGAGGUGGAGGAGCGGCUGGUGAGUCACCUGUUGUCACCGGAGCGCUACAACAAGCUGAUCCGACCAGCUGUCAACAACAGCCAGCAGGUCACCAUUUACAUCCAGGUGUCUUUGGCCCAGCUGAUCAACGUGAAUGAGAGGGAGCAGAUCAUGACCACCAACUGUUGGCUCAGUCAGGUUUGGAAUGACUACAGAUUAAUGUGGAACCCUGAAGAGUACGAAGGAAUCAAGAAAAUCCGGCUGCCGUCACAACACAUCUGGCUGCCGGACAUCGUCCUCUACAACAAUGCUGAUGGGACCUAUGAAGUUUCCUUCUACUCCAAUGCUGUGGUCUCCAACAAUGGUGAGGUGGCCUGGCUCCCACCAGCUAUCUACAAGUCAGCUUGCAAAAUUGAAGUCCGAGAUUUCCCCUUUGACCAGCAGAACUGCACCCUUAAGUUUCGCUCCUGGACCUACGACCACACUGAGAUCGAUCUCAUCCUCCUCAGUGAUUACGCCUCACGUGACGACUUCAAACCCAGUGGGGAGUGGGAUAUUGUCUCACUGCCUGGUCGUAAGAAUGAAGACCCUAAUGACAUCAGAUACCUGGAUAUCACCUAUGACUUUAUUAUCAAGAGAAAACCUCUGUUUUACACCAUCAACCUGAUCAUUCCCUGCAUCCUGAUCACGUCGCUGGCCAUUCUGGUGUUCUACCUCCCGUCAGACUGUGGCGAGAAGAUGACUCUCUGUAUCUCUGUCCUCUUGGCCCUGACUGUGUUUUUACUCCUUAUCUCAAAGAUUGUGCCACCAACGUCUUUAGCAGUGCCUCUGAUUGGAAAGUACCUGAUGUUUACAAUGGUGCUGGUCACCUUCUCCAUUGUCACCAGCGUUUGCGUGCUCAACGUGCACCAUCGGUCCCCCAGUACGCACACCAUGCCUCCUUGGGUCAAGCGUGUCUUCCUGUACCGACUUCCCUCUUAUCUCUUCAUGAGGAGACCCGGUAGCUCCAACAUCCGCGAGAAGUUUCGGAAAAAACACCAGCAGCGAUCGUACUCUGACCACAAGCUGCAUGGAGCUGAUGGAGGGACUGGAAGUCCUGCAGGCAUGGCAGAUUCCUCCUCGUCCUUCUUUGUGAAUGAGGAGUCGGCCAAACGCUACGGCUGGAAGAUCAGCGACUUGUCAGAGAACACAGAGUUCAGGAAGAGGAUGACGCUCAAGUGCAACAUUGCCGUGGAGGAUGCAGUGGAUGGAGUGCGUUACAUCGCAGAGAAGAUGAAGAGCGAGGAUGAUGAUGAAGGGAUUAUUGAAGACUGGAAGUACGUGGCCAUGGUGAUUGACCGUCUCUUCCUGUGGAUCUUUGUGUUCGUGUGUGUGGUUGGGACGCUGGGCCUCUUCAUGCAGCCUCUCUUCCAGAGUUACAACACUCCCAUUAUUGAUGACAUGGACCGUAACUGAUGCCUGUGAUGUCAUCAUGAACUUUGAGUGCCCCCCAAAAACAGAGCUCUGAUGACAUUUUAACACACGAACUCACACGUCCGCCUCGCACCACACACUCACUGGGAGAUUAUAAUGAUGCACUUUAACCUUCUUCCACCACCUGCUCCCGUCCCUACCUCCACCUCUUGUCCCUGUCAUCCUCCAUGUGUCCUGCCAUCCUCUGCUCCACUCAUCUGUCAUCAGCUGAGAUGUAAUUAUUUCAGUUCAAUAACAGAUAACUGGUUUAUAAAAACUUGGGUCACAUGUUUAUAGCGUGGCCAUCAUCUAGUAGACAGGAAUGAUGGAGGUCGUACUGUUACUGGUGAGCUGGGAGUGUGGAUGUUAUAUGGUGUGUUUGCCAAACUUGGUUACCAGGACAUCCCCAAUACCCUGGGUUAGCCAAACUUAUUUGGAUGAGAAGACAAAGGGUUAGGGUUAGAACAGUACAUUUAUGACCUAAAAUGUCUGUUGUAGCAUCAGUUACAGUUUACAGAUCGACUUCCUGGUUCAACAUUGACCUGCCUUACUUAUUUUAGUUGUAUGUGCACACAGUGAAUACUUUGGUUUGUUAAGUGAAACAAUGGCCAAAACUACAAAAACAGGACCCAAUUUAAAGUAAACCAGAAUUAUCCUUUGAUUUAAAACAUGAACUAAAACCCACUUUCAGUCAUUAAGCUCUUUCAUGGGGAUCAAUACAGAUCUGCAAUCUGAAAUGUAGCAGUGUUUUAAAAAGAAAACCUUAACCUGAAAUGGUUGAAUCAUAGACUGUAUGUAAAGAUGGAUGACGUGACAGCUCCCCAAAGUGAGGCCAAAAUAUCUCAAUUGCCUCCUGGUGGCUGGCUGCUUUAUAGGUCGUCCCCUCUAUAUUAGCAGAUGGGACAUAGGCCAAACUAAAAAGAAACAAGUACAUGUCGACUAAAUUAAUCUCAAAGAUGUUUUUUCAUAAUUUAAGGUAGUCCUCAUCGCGCUUAUGUUUCUGUGUUCAUUUUUGUGAUAAGUUUGGUUUUAAUUGCUUAUUUGAUGCUAUGAAAAGGGCGUGUGACGUCAUAGUUGAUAGCUUUGUGUCAGUCGUUGUGCUCGUGAUCAAUUGCGCCACUGGUGAUUGGGUCAGAGAGAUGUAUGGGCAGGAACCAGGUCCUCAGAAGAAGAGUUUUGUUUGGUCCACCACUUUGGUCCUGUCUGAAAUAUCUCAGUAAAUAUUGGAUGGAUUGCCAUGACAGACAUUCAUGGUCCCCAGAAGACAGACCCUAGUCACUUUGGUGAUCCCUGAAGUUCUCCUCGGGCACAACCACAAGGCUGACAUUUGUGGUUCUGAGUGAAAUGGGUUAGGGUUUAGGGUUAGGGUUAUAGUAAGUCACACUAAUGAGGUAUCAAACAUGGGCAGGGAAAUCUGGCCGGCACUUGCAGAAAGGCUCAAUAGCUGGUGAACUAUCAUAGAACAUGGAGGACAAUUGAUUGAUUUCACUUUGGCCUUGAGUCGGAAUAUUUUUGCACAAAAAAUCAGGAUAUGGGUAAUAAUUAGAAUUCUUUAAUUACUGACAAAGUCCGUAAUAAAAGACUGCAGACAAAAGCUUACUAUGCAAAACACUCUAAUUGGCCCCUAUCCAAUUGAGUGUACCCAAAAGUUCUGUCAGGCCAAGCACACCCAAGGAGUUUAAAAAAAAUGCGUCCAAAGAGCACCUGAGCCGACACGUCCCUGUAUAUCUAGCAUCAUCUCUUGUAACCCUCCAGCUCCAGUUACACUGCGCAUGUGUCAUACCCCAUAGCUCCCACAGGGUCGAAGAGUGUGCCUCAGCCUUCUUUGACUAGCCUUGCAGGCACCCAGGAAGUUUGCUAGGCUUUGAAGAAAGUUUUCGUAGUGGCCAAAGAGUGCACUUGAUGCCCUGUUUCCCAAAAGGACUUCUCACCAUUGACUUAAAGUGCGAAGGAGACGUCACAACCCCCAUAAAAUACUUUGUUCCGCUAUCAGGAUUUGAUUCGUUUGGCCAGUUAACAUUUGGAAAGUCUAGAGGAGUCAUACAAUUGAAUCAAUUUAUCCCCGUUCAAGUUAGCGAAGUGCUUAAACAGAAGUAGCCAUCUCAGGAGUCUCUAGUGCGCCUGCUCUAUGGGCCAUACAGUGCGGAAGCAGUGCCAAUCAUCCUAGUAAUUUUAUACGAGGCAGUUGAAGGUUUUGGCUUUAUGUGCCACAAGCAACUUUCAUGAUCAUGAUCAGGAAUGACUACGCUGUAACCAGUUCUCUUUAUACAGACAUGGUGGAAACUUAAUACUGCAGCUGCACUUCAGAAUCAAUACUGCACAGACUCUGGCUCCAAAUGACAUCACCAGCGCCCGCAUUUGAGAUAUUUAUUCUUCAUAUUUGUACAGUAGGAGGAAGUGGAGACAUGUUGUCCAUCUUUAUCUACAGUUACUGGGUUAAAGUAAAUGUGUAUUGACCCCUAGAACUGUUCACAAAGGUUUACCUGGCCAACAGAAACUCAGGACUUUUCUGUUUUGCUCUUUUCUACGACUCCACCUCUCUAACUGUCCUAACCUGGCAUUAUGGGGGCACUAAACAAGACACUGUUCUUUGUUUUUGGUUCAUUUCUUGGUUCCUCAGACAGAAAGAGCCCAAAGAUGAACAAAGCCACAGAAACUCACAAGCAGACUCAUUUUGCAGAUACGAGCCUCACGUUGACAUCACUGCAGCGGAGGAGAUUAAUCCCUUCUGUGCACAUACAUGAAGAGGAUCACCUCCCUGUGUCAUUUUGCCAAUAUCACACAUACUGUAUGAAUUUCUGAUAUUUGUGUUGAACAUGGGAGUGAGAGGGGACACGAAACAGCUAACGUGCUGGACUGCUCAAAUAGUAAUGAAUGGGUGUGUGAGGGGGUGCCCAGCCUGUUUCUACCCUCUCAUACACCUCACUGUGUGACUGAUGAUAAUAAUCUAUUACAAGCUGCUGUUGUGAUGUAAUAAAGCAGCUGUGUAUUAAAUGAUGGGAUGUUAUAAUAGUGCUAAAAGAAACUUACCAAUGACCAUUGGGCUGUUGUUACUGACAUUGCUUCUUUUAAAGGUACAGUACGCUGGUUCCAUCAAAGCAGUGCUCGUCAGCAUCCAUCACCAAGGAAACCAGCAGCAAUAAUGUUGUACAGUAUUUUAUACACACUGAUCUGGGGCAAAUUAGCCAAACAGCCUGGCUCUUCACUCGCUUCAUCUUCCUUCAUAUUGUAUGCUUGAUCAUUGCAGUCUGCUCAGAGACGUUACUUGAAUCUGUGUCCAGUAAUUAUUUCCAAAAGGUAUUAUAACUUGUCACAACCAUAACGCACUCAUCUGUCACUGCUACCAACGAUAGCCAAGGAAAAGGUGUACUGUACUAAUCCAGCUGUAUUGAUUUCUUUCAUCUUUGAUUUUUCAGUGGAUGGAAUGAAACUUUUUUUUUCUUCCCACUGGCCAGUCAUGUUGUUGAGUUUUGUCUGUCUAGAUGAUAAAUACUGAGGAUUACAGGAAGGGACUGUGAUGGAAGGUGAUGUCUUGAUUACUGGCUCAAUAAAGGGAAAUGAAAGCAACAA